AUGGCGAGUUCACUUCAGAACGAGCGACCCAGGCUCCCGGGAAGGCAACCGGCGACCCGCUUCUUCCUCCCGGAGGCUCCGGCUCCUGAGGGAAACCGCGUCCGGCGGGGGCGGGCGGGCGGGGGAGAGGCAGCCGGGCAGGCAGAGAGGACGCGCCCUCGGAGUCCCAGCUCUCCCCUCAGCAGGAGGCGUCUGUCAGCAGCUCGCUGCCCUCGGGCAGGUAUUUACAGCCCUGAAGGACAACCCGACAUAUUUUUCAGGUCGCGGAGCCCCACAACCCGAGGGUCCCCACCUCCGGCCAGCUGCCCCCGCCCCGCACCGGGCAGGCGGCAUCGGUCGCCGCAGGAGCGCUCACGGCUCUCCCCACCGCGGAAGCGCCCGCCGCCCCCCCAAGCCCCGCCGCACGGUUACAAGGGCUUUGAGAAGCCAACGCCGGUUGUUUCGGGAUGGCGUCCAAGGCAACUCAAAGCCCCUCCCUUCCCCUGCCGCUCCGUCCCGCUUCUGCUUCACCUGACGGGAAGGCGAACGCCGAGCAAAUCGCAGCCUCCAGUGGGUUGGAUGUACGCUACGAAAGAAGGAGGGUCCCGGGUUUUUUUAACCUCCUCCUGAUGAGAUGCUUGCAUAGGAUUCAGAUACCGGAGGCUCUGCUGGAGAAAAUUUCAUGAGUCUGUGUGUAGGAACAUGAGCAGGACAAGGAAGAGGAUGUGAUCUUCAUGUUUUGCUUUCUGCUCUUUGAAAACCUCCAGCCCUCAGAAUCCUGGCUCUGCUCUUUUCUCCAAUCCACUCUCCAAAGCAGCAAGAGAUAGAAUACUGAUUUCCAAGAAGAGGGGGGGGCAGAUAUGGCUAUUGGCAGCCCCCCCCUUCCCUACUCAUCCCCCUGUGCUGGGGCAGGGGGAAAGCUGCAGCAGAAGUCUGACUACAGCAGGUGAGAGGGGCUGAAGUGCAG